GUUCACCCAGGCGGCGGUGACCACGACAGCUUCCGGCUGAUAGGAGCGCGCAGAGAUGUCGUAUGUGUACGCCGCGACGAUCGCUUGUUAUGUUUAGCCGUUUCGCCGUGGGUGUUCGGUGAGUGUGCCGCGUGCGUUUCCUCGCAGAGACAUUCGGGGCCCCCGCAGGCGGAGGUGUUCGUUUUUCCCCCCCCCCCCCCUCUUUUUUUUCGUCCCGUCGAGAGACACCAGCUCCGGUAGGCGCGCGCGCGCACGCCAAGCAUGCAGUUCUACAAGGAUAAGUUGCUGUCGCCCGGUCAACUGAAGCGACUGACCGAGCAUAAGUACAGCUGCACGACCAACAGCCUCCUGGACGGCCUGCUGCAACCGUGGUGGGACUGGCUGGUCAGCAAGGUGCCACUCUGGCUCGCGCCAAACCUCAUCACCGUGCUCGGCCUCAUCGUCAACAUCGUCACCACCCUGAUCCUCGUCUAUUACAGUCCGGACGCGAGAGCCGAGGCACCUAGAUGGGCAUGUUUUUUAUGUGCACUUGGUCUAUUUAUAUACCAGAGCUUAGAUGCCAUCGACGGUAAACAAGCCAGAAGAACUGGCACGUCUACACCGUUGGGCGAACUAUUUGAUCAUGGAUGCGACUCAAUAUCGACAGUAUUUGUUGCUUUAUCAGCAUGCAUAGCAGUACAAUUGGGAUAUUACCCAACGUGGAUGUUUUUCCAAUGUUUUUGUGCAAUGACGCUUUUCUACUGUGCUCACUGGCAGACCUACGUUUCAGGUUCCUUGAGAUUCGGUAAAGUGGACGUAACGGAAGCACAGUUUACGAUCAUAGUUAUUCACCUGAUUUCCGCGAUUUUUGGCCCAGAGAUCUGGAUGAUGGAGAUACCAUACUUAGAUGGUUUUCUAGUUAAGUAUUUACUAGGAGUUUUAACAAUCGUGUGUGCAGUGGCAAAUUUGUAUCCCAUAUUUUCGGUGAUUUUCACCGGAGGAGUAGGCAAGAACGGUUCCACUGUGGCUAUCCCUGUGCUCGGUGUAGGCACGCUCAGUAACUACGUAGCGGUGAUCUUUUACGCAGGCUACGUUCACGUGUUUCUUGAAUUCUGUAAAGUCUUUGAAUCCGGUGGGAUUGGAAAAAACGGUUCCACAAUUGCAUUGCCAUACACUGGCACAGAGGUGAAGGUGUUUCCGUUAUGGGCUGCUGUGGGCAUCGCUAUUUUACUUGCACAGAGCAGCAUAUCCGUCAUUCUCGCCGGUGGUGUCGGAAAAAAUGGCUCCACCGUCGCAGUAAGUCAGCCGAAAAGUAGUGGGACCAUUGUGUAGUGCACUUUUCGUUCAGCUCGUGAGUUAGGCCCACACACCUGUGGAAGCGUAACAGCCGCACUUAGACGAGCACAACAGAUUUUGUGCGAUAUUUCGAAGAAAAUGUAACCUGUUGUCGUUAUUGCGCGGUAAAUUCGCGAAUGAUUAACGUUGAUUUGCCUUGCUUUUAAUGUCUGAUGAAUUGUGCGAUUUGAAAUUGACUUUUAAAGAAGAGCAGAAUUCCAUAUCGUGUUGAAUAAAUCAAGGAAAACGUGAUGGGCCUAAGUCCGACAGCGUCGUUUAUAUUUAUUCAUCACAUUACGAUUUUCACUCUUACGUCGAUAUAUAUAUAUAUAUAUAUAUAUCUUCGUGUAUACAUAUAUAUAUAUAUGUUACACCACAUUCUUCUUCACGAAGAUCCGUGUAUAUCCCUGUAUCCUGCGCUUUCUCCUUUAUCUUACAAUUGUAAAAUAUUCCUCUGAUUUCGUGGUUUCUCCAGCCUUUACUUUCGGGCCGGUUUCUCUUGCACGUGUGUUACAGAUCUGUAACCAAGUGUAGAAGCGAACUAUCAGUCAGAAGCUAUGUACCGCUUGCCGCCAUAACGAUGAUUUCUGUAUCAAUCGCAUAGUGUUUUGAUAUUGCGACUAGACUUUUAUUUUAUAAAUAAUAUAUAAAUAUUGCAUGCACAUAUUCUCUGUUUAUCUCUUUCUCUUUUUCUCUCUCCUUCUCUUGUUUCUCAAUAACAUUUAUUUGUUACAUUAAUUCUAACUAGUUCAACUAAUUGAUUGUAUCAAUAUGAACACGUACGUUGAUUCAAAAUUUAAUUUCUUCCCGUACAAUUAGAUUUUAACGUCGCUUGAUCUAUAUCACUUUGUUCUUCUCUAAUACUUGCAACACUUGUUGAUUGUACAUAUAAUAUAGUGGUAGUUGUAGCAACGAUAUUUCUAAUGUAUCGAUUGUAAGGCACGACUAUAUUAUCGUACCGUAUUUUUCUUUGAUUCUUGUGACGAUUAAAAAUUUGUAUAUAUAUUUUUUGGUAAAGGAUUACAACGCUUUUAUAUUGUCCAGUAUAUAUAUAUAUAUAUAUGACUUAUGCGUGCGACUAUGUGCUGAGAUAAAUUCAAAUCAGUAUAUAUCUUCGAGACAAAUAUUGAAAUAUCUUUUAUCAACUUGAACGACACAUACAUAUAU